AUGCCUGAGGCCAGUGAUCCGGGCUGCUGCUUCUGCCCCCUCUCUCCUUCCCACCCACGCCCACGCCGAUUGUCAUUGCACGAGAAGGAAUUGGAUGCCUUUCUGCUUUUGUCUCGCUCAUUCAUAGAGCGCUCACCCGGGUCGACUUACGACUCAUCAAAAAUCGCAGACAAAAUGGCUACCCACACGCGACAAGACGAUUUCUGCCUCGAAUGCCACUGGGAGUCCUUUCAUCUGGACGGUAAAAGCUCGGAGGAUUCGUCCGUGGCCCCGGCGUCUGACUGCUGCCCUGAAAAGGAGCAGCAUGCCUCAGAAGCGCAUGGCGACAGCGCUUGUUGCGACACUGACAACUGCUCCAUUACCUGUCCAUCAGUCUGUGACGGCUUCGUUGAAUGCAACGACGAAGACGACCACGACCCCUGCUCUGUAUCUAGAUGUGAAGAGUCACAUUGUCAUGACCCUGCCCCUAUCUGUUUCGACGAACAUUGCUUUGAUCCCGACGCCCCCCCAGAAAUCCCAGACCAUUCAUUAGAGUCUCUAUUUGGACUGGGGAUCCCCAUGGCUUCAGACAAGAAUGACUUUUCACUCAGCCUGGAUCAGUGCCAGGUGGACCAUCAUAUGCCCAAGCCAAUUGAGCAUGCUGCAACAGACCUCAGCCAUCUAUGCGCUGGUCCCUUUUUCAGCCCAGACUCAAUAGCAAUCACUCCCUGCCAUCCCCCUCACAGCUAUCAUCAUGAUCCUCACUCCGCCGGCCUCUCUCACGUUCCUCCUGCUCAGAGUAUGAUGCCUCCAUCGUUACCGAUGCAAAACGAAGUCAACCCCUCCGACGUCUUCCACAUGCUUGGGAUGUGCCCCGACUACUCAAAUCACUUCCAUGUCCACGAAGCAUCAAAUUGUCCUGAGAAUCUGGACGGCAGCUCAUCAUCAGACUCCUUCACUUGUCUCCAUCUCGACGACGACAGAAUAAACAGCAUCAUGAAAAACCCUAUAUACACGAGCAAUAACCUUCCCGCCAGGGGUCCCUGCCGUUCGAACCAUCGUUGCCGAUCCCAUCACCACGCACACGCCCACCACUUCUCACCCUACUCCCGUCACCCCCGAUCAAGCAUCAGCUCCCAAAUUCUCCCCAGCCCAGGAGAAACACCUCCUCCGCUGGACGGCGGUGUAUCUUCAGUCAUAACAAGUCCGGACUACUCCGCGACCGAUGGUGAAUUGCACAUUUGCAAAUGGGUUAACAAUUCCCGGGGCAUCAAAACCGGAUGUGGUGCUGCUUUUUCAAGCGCCAGUGCGCUUCAAGAGCACCUUGUCUGUCGCCACAUGGGGCCAGUCAAUGGCGCCAAAGGAACUGGAUACUACUGCUGCUGGGAAGGCUGCAGCCGACCUGGAGAGCCAUUCUCACAGAAGUCGAAACUUCAAGGCCACUUCCUCACACACAGCAACUACAAAAACUUCCAAUGCACGGUCUGCGGAAAGCUUUUUGCUCGACAAGCAACCCUUGAACGCCAUGAGCGAAGCCAUCGCGGCGAGAAGCCCUACAAGUGUUCAGACUGUGGCAAGUCAUUUACAGAUAGUAGUGAACUAAAAACCCAUUCACGCACUCAUACCGGCGAGAAACCAUUUAGCUGCACGUAUCCAGGAUGCAACUUUCAAACCGGCGAUUCGUCAAAUAUGUCCAGCCACAGACUCACACAUGGCGAACGAAGGCACAAAUGCCUUCACCCCGACUGUAACAAGAGUUUUACUCGACCUGACCAACUCAAACGACACAUGCGCUCAACACACAAAACCGAAAUCCAAAUCCCAACCCCCUUGCUCGGGUCUCCAACAGAUGACCAACUCGCAUUUCCAAUUCAGUCUCAGGUUCCUUUCGGCAUGGCGUAA